AUGCAGUGGGUGUGUUCACCUCUCUCGUCCGUGUGUAGGCAGAAGGACUUAUUUCUACUGUCACUUACAUCGUAAAAAUAUCUUCUCUUCAACUUGAAAUAAAACCAAUGACAAUCCUCAUGGUAUCCUAUAUAUAUGCGUUCGUAAGCUUGCUAAAAUACUACUGCGUUGAUGUCCUCUUGUAAAAGCUGAAAUCCAACAAAUAAAUGCUUUGAUCCAUGCUACAUCUCCGUGUUGGAAAAGCCCUUUCAUCUCCGUUCAUGAUAACAUCUUACUUACUACCCUAUUCUACGAAAAUCUGUCACAUCUACUCUCAAACAAGUCGCCAACUUCAAACGAAAACGCGUUCUACGAUGCGUCUACACUCCAUCCCCAUAUCAUUGGCGUUGACUGGUUCGAGGUCGAUCUUGUUCGCCUGUUUUC